AUGGCACCAAGACCUCCUCCACCACCUGUCGAGCGUGAUGUGCCAGAUAACACUAGGCUGUUGGAGGCAGUAAUUGAAGGACUGCAGCAGCAGAACGCGACUGCUUCACAAAAUCUCGAAGCUGCUCGCGCCAAUUCUGAAAUGACUCAGAGGCAACUAAUGGAGAUUCUUGCAGCUACUAGGGGUACGCCGGGAGCAUCUGCUUCAAACACUACUCAUCAGGCUGAGUGGAGUUUGGAGAACUUUUUGCAGCAUCGUCCUGCAAAGUUUGAUGGGAAGUGCCUUCCUGACGGAGCCGAUCAGUGGCUGAGGGAUAUGGAACAGAUCUACAAUGCCAAGCGAUGUCCAGACGACAAUAGGUUGGCGUAUACUGAGUAUCUGCUGACUGGAGAGGCCAGUCACUGGUGGGCAAGCGUUAAGAUGAUACUAACGGAAGCUCAAAGCCCUAUUUCCUGGGAAGUGUUCAAGGAAAAAUUUUAUGAGGAGUAUUUCCCGGAUAGUGUUCGUUUCGGCAAAGAAGUGGAGUUUCUCCAGUUGGUGCAGGGUAGUAUGUCUGUUUCUGAGUACACCAACAGGUUCAAGCAUCUGGUUUGUUUUAAUACCAUGGCUACCAGUGAAGUAUGGCAGUGCAGGAAGUUCGAGAAUGGGCUGAGAAGUGAUCUUAAAGUAUUGAUAUCCAGCCUCUGCAUUAAGUCUUUUCCUGCCAUGGUUGAGAGAGCAAAAGUGUUAGAGAGAAAUGUGGCUGAAGCAGAACGUCAGAAGAAGCAACAACAAGCAACUAGAGGGCCGAUCAUGUCCAGGCCAAAUCUGAAUCGGAACAGGCUGCCGUAUGCUCGUCCAGCACAACCAUCUAAUUCUCAGGCUAUGGUUGUUGCCGGAUAG